UCUCUCUCUCUCUCUCUCUCUCUCUCUCUCACUCUCUCACACUAUGGAGGCUGAAGCGCUGUACAGCUUCAGAGCUACAGAAUGUGAUGAGCUCAGUUUUCACAAGGGUGACAUCCUGAAGGUGACGAAUAUGGAUGAAGAACCAAACUGGUACACCGCCGAACAUUCAGGAAGGAAAGGCUUCGUACCCAAAAAUUAUAUCAAUGUAAGGCCUCAUCCAUGGUUUGUCGGAGGAAUUUCUCGUAUGGCCGCAGAGAGCCGGCUGAGACCGCUGGAGAGCGGAGCGUUCCUCAUCCGAGAAAGUGAGAGUACACCGGGAGAGUUCUCUGUGUCUGUCAGUUAUGGGGACCAUGUGCAGCACUUUAAGGUCCUAAAGGAUCAACUGCAGCGUUACUUCAUAUGGGACGAAGUUUUCACCUCGCUCAACCAGCUGGUGGAGUUUUACCGCAACAACAGCAUUGCAAAAGAGAGGAUCGUUUUCUUACGUGAGCCUGAGAGACUGCUGGCUAGGCCUCGUCACGCUCACGCUCUCUUUGAUUUCACACCUCCUCACGUGACCCAGCUGCGUUUCCUGCGUGGUGACAUCAUCGACCUUCUGGACUGCUCAAACGCUCAUUGCUGGAAAGGGCGGUGCCGGGGUCGCGUGGGCAUGUUCCCUUCCGAAUACGUGCAUCCUGUGUACCUCUAA